AUGAGCUGGCAAAAUGAUUCUCCUUACUCCCGGCAUGAGUUUUCCAGCAAGGCCACCACACCCUCCAGCUCAACCUUUGCUUCUAACUUCUUCCGUCGAGCCCGCCGAGCAUCUCUCACAAGAAACUUUAGAAAGUCCGUAUCCUUCGCAGAUCCUCUUGAGGCAGAACCCCCCCAAGAUAAUAGCUCCGAAAAUAGUGAGGUACUGUAUACGGCAGAUUCGAAGCGACCCCAACGACCAAAGCCACAGCGUCGGACUUUGUCGACCAUGAGCAAUAGCUCUCUUGCAACUCUCGGUCAAAAUUGGGAUAGCGAUAUUGAUUCUGAUCUCGACAGCGAGGCCGAGGAAGUUUCUUGGGAUAUCAUCAACAAAGAAAUACAUGAGUGGCAAUAUGUUUGUCGCACUGGUAGGCCUUUCUGGUGGUCACCUGAGUUCAAAAGUACCCGUAUGUGUCGCAUCUCUACGCUAUCUCCAAAGAAUCAUGAAGAGCGCAACACACGAGCUUGGAUGAGAGAUAUUACAGACGACUCCAGACCGCAACUAAAGAAACGUUACGCCACUAUGGACGAUAGCAAUUUUGCAGAUUCCAGCGACGUACAAGAACUUGCAAAAGUGAUUGCUCUUCAACUUCUCGCAGCUUGUUUCACUUUAACACCAGAGUAUCUUGUACCUCUUCCGUCGACUCCAACAUCAUAUAAUAGGAAAGGAGACUCGAAACUACCAGAUUCUAGGAUGAUAAGUUCUUUGCGUAUGCACACCCAAUUUCGAUAUUCACCUUGCUUUGGACAUCAAGCACGAAGUACAUCUCCGAUUCACCCAUGGGAUUGCGGGGGGUAUGACGGGUCAUCAACUUAUUCGUCGUCACCGCCAUGUAGUGGCGAUGCUACGCCGUUGAGUAUCACGUCAGAACCUGCAAGAAGACGAGGUAGAUUACAGAAAGUCCACAGAGCAUUGAAUAUCUCAAAACAAUCGGCAUGUGAUUGCACUGUUGGGAGCCAUAGAAGCAAUCAUUCCUCAAGCGUCAAUUCCGCAUUCAGUGGCAAAGUUGGAACGUCGAUCGGCCAAAGAUUGGGGGAUGGGCAUACAAUUGAAUGUGGGAAGAUGUCGGCAACAAUGCACGUGCCUGGAGCUGAUAACCGAAGACACAAUCAUAGGCAUUCAAUGGUCAAAGAUCUACCAGAACUGUUGCCACCAAUACCGGCUGAUGAUGCGAAUAUCGAUACCUCGAAGAUAUAUCGAGGAGUACGGCCAACUCUGCCACAUAAGACCAAUUAUCGUUUACAGCCAGUCCUCAGGUCAGAGCCCCAUCCAGUAUACGUACAGCCGGUGAGGGAGCUCGUAGUGAGAAGAUGGAAAUCAAUAAGGCGCCAAUUUGGGGGUAGCUUGCAGGCUUCCUUACCAAGAAGAGGAUCUAGAAAUGACGAGUCAGAGUCAGGAAGUGAUGCGACAAGUUCCGCACUCAGCACGGAUGCAAGGGCACGGAGGCGCCGAGCCCAAGAAAGGGGCGACAUUCAUAGUGCUGGUGGUGAUGAUAGCCCGCACUACAACACUCCAAGAAGUGGUGCGAUGACACCACUAACGCCAAUGAGCCCGAUGACUCCUUUGACACCUUUUACGAUUCCCACAACGCCUCCUGCGACACCUAUAGCUCCUUCACUACCAGGUUUAAGGCCAAUGUCUCCUUUCUUCAAGGGAGCAGAUACUAUGGCAGCCGUCACGUCUUUUCUAGCUGAUGCACGUCAACCAGAACAUGUCAUGAUUCCACCAGAUUCAUUCAAGGACACAGGUGGCUAUGUUUCACCAAAUAUGAUAAGAACAGAACACACUGCAGGAGCAAUGUUUAUUCAAUCGAGAUCAAGCUCUCAGCCGCCUUUAGAGCCAAUAGCCGGUUCAUGUCGGGGAAGACGAACAAGUCUGUUAUCAGAGGUAUGCACUCCAGAAGACUUCAACGACGACGGGACCUUGAAAUGUGAUGAAGAGAACAAAAUCCAAGGAAUUCAUUUGGCAAGGGCGAACUCCAGUGGAACCCAGAUAUUUAGACCCGGUAGUGACGGCAUCGAACUUGAUGGAAGGCCGGUGGGUCCUGGAAAGGAAUUUUGGGAUGGCCCAGUCGACAAUAUGGGAAAACGAAGGGAAAGGACAUACUUGUAA